GAGAUAUCAGAAUCCCCCUGUGAUUCAUCUACAUUGUGCAAAUUUUGUGAAUUUUCUAGGGCUAGACCUUCUGACUUAGAGAAACUUGGGGGUUUUUUUUAGGGUUUGAAAAUCUAGAAAGAGAGGAGAGAAUGGGGAAUUGUUUAUCAGGAGAUGUGAAAGGAGGGAAACAAGCCAUUGGAGGGGUCCAGCAGAGACCCACCUCAGCAACAACAGCCAUCGCCAACAAUGCUGCUCUCAACGAUGCCGUCGAUUUCUUCUUCAGAUCUCGUGGUCAAUAUCCUCUCUUUUCCCAAAUCGAGUUAACUUUGUCCGCUUCAAAUUUGCUUGACUGUGACAUCACAUCUAAGAGUGAUCCCAUGGCUGUCAUGUAUCUGAGGAAAAAGGAUGGGAAGCUUGAGGAAAUUGGCCGUACUGAAGUCAUACUUAAUAGUUUGAAUCCGAGUUGGAUUGAGAAGAUUACAGUCUCUUUUCAGUUUGAAGUUGUUCAGACAUUAGUUUUUCACGUGUAUGAUGUUGAUACCAGAUAUCACAAUGUGCCAGUGAAGACGUUAAAGCUGAAGGACCAGGAUUUCUUGGGAGAGGCCACCUGUGUUCUGUCCGAGAUUAUGACAAGACCUAACCGGACUGUGACAUUGAGUCUUACUGGCAACGUUAGAGCUGGUGUGAAUAGAAAUUUGGGAACGCUCUCUGUCUUAGCUGAAGAAACAGUUGCUUCUAAAACUGUCGCUGAGAUUAAUUUUCGCUGUGUCAAUUUGGAUAACAAGGACUUGUUCUCUAAGAGUGAUCCUUUCUUAAGAAUUUCAAGAAUUGUUGAGAGUACUGCUGCAGUCCCGAUUUGUCGGACUGAGGUAGUGGACAACAACCUCAACCCCAUGUGGAGGCCUGUGUGCUUGACUAUGCAGCAAUUUGGAACCAAAGACACCCCAUUGGUUAUCGAGUGCUUUGAUUUCAAUACCAGUGGGAAUCAUGAGCUUAUUGGAAGGACAGAGAAAUCUGUAGCGGAAUUAGAGAGACUUUGUCUCCAGAAAGAGGCUGUGAACUUUGUGUAUCCAUCUCUUAGUCACGGUCGCAAAAAGAUUCUGAAAGGCCAGCUCAUCGUGGACCGUUUUGUGGAGAAAGUCCAGUACAGUUUUCUUGAUUACAUAUCCAGUGGCUUCGAACUUAAUUUCAUGGUUGCAGUUGAUUUCACUGCUUCAAAUGGUGAUCCCCGAACUCCAAAUUCUUUGCAUUACAUUGAUCCAUCAGGCAGAUCAAACUCAUAUCAGCAGGCUAUUAUGGAAGUAGGAGAGGUCAUCCAGUUUUAUGACUCUGAUAAGCGAUUUCCUGCCUGGGGUUUUGGAGGAAGAACAUCGGAUGGUUCUGUGUCUCAUGCCUUUAACUUGAAUGGAGCAUCAUACGGCGAUGAGGUUGUUGGAGUUGAAGGAAUCAUGACAGCUUAUGCGAGUGCUCUUCGCAAUGUUGCUCUAGCGGGACCGACUCUUUUCAGCCAUGUGGUUGACAGGGCUGCUCAUACUGCUUCACAGUCACUCUCACAAAACAGUCCAAAGUACUAUGUUCUGCUCAUCAUUACGGAUGGAGUCCUUACAGACAUGGCGGGUACAGUAGACGCAUUGGUGAGAGCUUCUGAUCUCCCGUUGUCAGUUCUUAUAGUCGGUGUGGGAAACACAGACUUCAGACAAAUGGAGAUACUUGAUGCUGAUAAUGGUCGCCGGUUAGAGAGUUCUACCGGUAGGAUAGCUACACGGGACAUCGUUCAAUUCGUGCCUAUGAAAGACAUCCAUAGUGGACAAGUGUCAGUGGUGCAGGCACUUCUAGAGGAACUUCCCGGUCAAUUUCUGAGCUAUGUCCGUACCAGAAAUAUCAAUCCGGUCGGCGCUCCUGCGAUUUGAGUUUACCGCAUAGUCUAUUUUCAUUUUUUUUGCUUUGCAUAGUUCAUCAUGUUCUUAAUUUACUUAGGUUGGAAAAACAAAUUAAGGAAACACAUAUAAAAUUGCUAAAGCAUGUAUAUAAUUAUUCAUUUAUAGCAUUUAUGUAUCACAAUAGUAUCAUUUCUCUUGUA